CCAAGAUCCGCUUGGCACUUUCCAAGCAUCAUGUGAGCAGAGAAAGAGAGAGAGAGAGAGAGAGACCCAGGCGGAUGGAUGGCUGGCCAGGAAGGAAGGGAGACUGUCCUCAGGCAGAACAGGCUGAUUCUGAGGAAGCCAUUGAACUCUUGAACAGGUUCAGGAGAUGGUUUUGUAACUGUUGUUGGAAAGUCACCUGGAACUUAGAGAGAAGAUGAAGGGAACCAUGCCUUGGUGAAAGGUGAGAGCUGAAUCUCUUCUCAGAGCACCUUGAAAGAAGCAUCAACCCCCUCUACUAUCUCAUCCAUCCUGCCUUUCAGGUGGGUCUACCCUAUAGCUUUCCAAGCUUCAUCAUUUUCAACUGACUACUUAACAGUUAUAUAUACCUCUAUUUGUAUACUUGUUUAUGAGCAAGACACCAAUGGUCUCAGUAAUUCAUAACAAACUGGUGUCUGCUUCAGGACCACUGGUUACUUUGGCUUCUAUUCAGCUAGACAAUACAUCAGGUGCUCUCAAGCCUGCGAUGCCACCAUUAAAUCUGCAAGACUAUAGUGGGGAACAAGAAUCUAACCCCAAACUGAUUUCCAACCUAAUUUGCACAUCAGAGAUAGGUGUCUCUCUAUCAAAAAUAAAGGAAAUGGAGAAGCCACAAACCACUGUCUAUGAAGCUUACCUCAAAUUACCAGAUGUAUGUGCAGAACUCUCUAGGGACUUCAUUCCUACACUGGAGGAGAUUGAAGAGUUCCUGAAUGAGAAAAUGGCACUUCUCAAGGAUGAGCUCAAUGAGAAACAGCCAUUGGAGAUAAAAUCUGAAAUCAACUUGGGCAGUCUUGGAGAACAGUCUGUUACAGAACCCGCUCUGGAUGAUGGGCUUCCAAGCUCUGUUCAGACCAGAGUGGUGACUGAUGGUACAAACAUACCUGGGACCUUAGGGUCGAUCCCUGUUGUCCUUCAGAUUCAACCCAUCCAAGUGAAUGAAGGUAGCUCAUCCCCCCAGAGCCUUAAUGGUGGUGUCAGAGUGACACAGUUAGUCAUCAAAAUGCAAGGCCAGAGCAUGACUGUUCUUCCUCAGGUUGUCCAAAACCCUACAACAGGCACAGACCAAAAGUAUGUACGAAUUGCCCCUUUGCCUGUGACGCUGAGACCAGGAGUUCUUGAGAGUGCAAGGAGCAUUGAGGCCAAACUCCCCAAGGUCUCUCCUUCCACCAUUAGAGUCCACAAGUGCACACAUCCUGGCUGCACCAAGAUGUACACCAAGAGUUCUCACCUCAAAGCACACUUCCGACGCCACACUGGGGAAAAGCCAUACACAUGUAAUUGGCCUGACUGUGGCUGGAGGUUUUCCCGUUCAGAUGAGCUCUCUCGCCACAAGCGCUCCCAUUCGGGACUCAAGCCUUACCAGUGCCAAGCCUGUGAGAAGAAGUUUGCCCGCAGUGACCACUUAUCCAAACAUAUGAAGAUCCACAAAGGGUCAUUCAGUUUGGGAAGCCAGAAAGCCCAGGGUUGCAUUGGAAACAGUUAACCCUCCAUUUGCUGCUGUGUCAAGAGAAGCAUCUUAAUCAAAUGAAAUGGAAAGACAAAAUAUGGUUUUCCUCUGGGAAGAGAGUUGAAAACAAACUGAUGGCUUAAAAUUUGUGGAUGGCCCAAAGUCUACGUCUUCCUGAACAUGCCUUAAGGCUGCUAAGAUCUUGAUUACUGCGAACCUUUCUGAAAAGAUGGAAUUACCUUUGAGGAGGGAAUGUGACAUUUAAAGAUGUUGAGGUGGACAGGAUACAAUUCUCAAUUUUAGAAGUGAAUUUUGGAAACAGGAUGGAUUUCUAAUGCUCCUACGUAGUGUAUGCAUGGGUGGUAGGUGAACAGGAAUGAUCUUUUCAGCAUUUCUUUCUCAGACAGCAUCCUAUUUGAUUGCUCUGUCUCUGAUUUUUAAAAUGUAAAUGAACAUGGGAACAUCAAUAAAUUUUAUUUUAAAUAA